GAAAAAGAAAAAAUUGUCUUAUUCCUCUCUCUAACAUUUUGGUGUGUAUUGGAGCUGGGGUUUCCAAUCCCGUGGCUCAUCAAACUUCAAACCUCAAAGUUGAAAUCUUUGGGCGAAUAUGGCGACUGGGAAGACGGGAAUAACCAGUUGGUUCCAGAAGAAGAUCACCGAUCCUCUUAUCUCGAUUCUCCGAAGAGGUGCUGAGCCCAGUCAGCUGGCUUUCUCUGCUGCUCUUGGAAUUACAUUGGGAGUAUUUCCUAUAUGUGGUGUCACUGUAUUCCUCUGUGGGAUCGUUAUUGCAUUGCUUGGCUCAAAUUGCCAUGCCCCAACUGUCAUGCUUGCAAACUUCAUUGCAACUCCAGUAGAGCUGAGUCUCAUUGUACCAUUUUUACGCUUUGGUGAAUUCAUCUGUGGUGGACCUCAUUUCACUUUAACAUCUGAUGCUUUGAAGAAAGUUCUUACUGGCAGAGCUUCACAUGAAGUCCUAUUAAGUAUUGCUCAUGCGCUAUUAGGGUGGUUAGCUGCAUCACCUGUUAUUUUGGGAGCCCUAUACAUAGCACUUGUACCAUGCUUCAAAGUUCUGGUCCAGAAGUUCUCAUCUGUUCCUUCAAGUCCAAAGAAGCCGCUCCUCCGUCCACACUCAGAAGUUAGGCUGAAGGAGAUUGAGCAAGACAAAGGCGAAUGAGUUUAAAGCCGUCAGUGUUUCAUUGAUAUGCUAGGGCCUAUACUUGCAUUCCUCCAAGAUUAAGAACAAUAAAAUGAAGUCUUGUAGAAUAAAUAAGUCUUAACCAAAUUAAAUCCAUCAAAAGAGGAUAAUUGUUGGAGAGGAAACUCUUUUUUGGAGUACAAGUUAAGAUAAAUUUGUUUAUUCUAGUUUUGAUGUACAGUGAAUAGUGAUAUAGGCUAUUAGAACUUGUGUCACAUUACGCGCUCUCACUACCCCAAUUCGGGUAAUAGAGAGUACAUAUAGUUAAUUGAUUCCCUUCGUUACUAUUC